AUGAAUCGAAUAUUACAUUCUUUUAUUGGUGUCAGUCUAUUAUUUAUUUUCAUUUUUCUUUAUAUUGGUCUUCGCCCAAUAUUCAUACUUGCUAGUGUAACUUUAGGAAUAUUUCUUGCUGAUUAUUUAUUAAUUCCAUUUGUUUGUCUUUAUCAAGCGUUCAUUCAAUGGUUACCUUUAUUAUUUGAAUUAAAUAUUUUCAAUGGAAUAUUAAUGGUAACUCGAUUAUUUCAUUUUUCAAAAUUCUGGUCCAUUACUUUGCUUAGUAUUAGUAUUAUACGAAGUAUUAUUCUUAUUUAUUAUCGUCAUUUGCCAAUCAAGGAUCAUCAUCGUUUAUACAUAGCAAAUAAAAUUCAAUUAAUAUCUAAAUUUAUUAUAGAACAAUCAAAAGAUAUUUAUCCUCGUUUCAUUCAACUAUUUCAUACUAGUGACGAUAAUGAUUUGGAUAAAUUUCAAUUAGAACAAAUCAAUUCUGAUGAAAAUGUUAUCUAUGAACAUGAUGAAACUAUUCAACGUUUUCAAAAACUUGCUGAUGAACUUUCAUCGCCAACAAUAUCCAAUAUUGAUUGUUCAAUGAAUUCAACACCACCUAUUCGUCGUCAUCAUCAGCGUCUUCUUCAACACAGCGAAAAUGAACCUUUAUCACGAACACCAAUAACACCAGUUCACACAGAUUUACCUAGAGGAAAAAUUUUACAUUCAACUAUCAAUGGAUCAUAUGCGGGACCGAUGACAAGAAAUCGUACCAGGACUGGUGGUAAACCUUCAAUAUUAAAAUCACCAGGGACAAACAAGACACCAGUAGAUUCGACUUUCAUAAUUUCCAAAUACAAUGAUAAUAAUUAA